UAUUGGUUACAACACCGUGUGAUAUUCGGUCGAAAUACCGACAGAGCAACGAAAUUGUACCAAAAUUGGGGCUAAUGUUGGUUCCAAUGCUAUUUCAUCGACCCACACAUCAGACCAAAACUGUUAGCGCCAAUGUUGGCCCCAGUAUGUGGACACGGCCUAACCGCACUGCGUCCAGCUCUAAUUUUUUAGUUUUUUAAGUAUUGUAGUCCUGUGAAGGUCUGUUGAUGUUAUACUUCGCUGCUCGCUUUUCGCAAGCUUUGCCCGUGUGACUUUCCAAUAUCAAAAUGAACUUUCCAGCUUUAAAGAAUGACAGGCUUUUAAGAGCAGCUCGUGGUGAGGAAGUGGACAAGAUUCCGGUAUGGAUAAUGAGACAGGCAGGCAGAUAUCUCCCAGAAUUUCGUGAUCUUCGCCAAAAGUAUGACUUUUUCACGAUGUGUCAAACCCCAGCUCUAGCAGCAGAAGUGUCUAUUCAACCUAUACAGAGAUUUGAUCUUGAUGCAUGCAUAAUAUUUUCUGAUAUCUUGGUAAUUCCUCAAGCUUUAGGAGUGCAUGUUGAAAUGAAACCUAGUGUGGGCCCCGUUUUGGAACCUCUGGUUGAACCCGAAGACAUUACCAAACUUGAAGUGCCAGUUAAUGUAAAUGAGAAACUUGGCUACGUUGCAGAAGCAAUCACACUGACGCGUCACAAGUUAGAAGGAAAAGUUCCUCUUAUUGGAUUUUCUGGGGCCCCUUGGACUUUGAUGGCAUACAUGAUUGAAGGUGGUGGAUCAAAGACACUUUCAAAGGCAAAAGCAUGGUUAUAUAAAUAUCCAGAUGCCAGCAAGAAAUUAUUAACUAUCUUAACUGAUGCUGUUGUUGAUUACAUGAUAAUGCAGGCUGCUGCUGGUGCUCAGUUGUUGCAACUCUUUGAAUCAAAUGCUGAAUACCUAGGUCCUGAUCUGUUCUGUAAAUUUGCUCUUCCUUAUAUUCGUGAUAUCUGUAAAAGAGUAAAAACUGGCUGUGCUAGUGUUGGUGUAGGCAACAUUCCAAUGACAAUAUUUGCUAAAGGUGCACAUUAUGCUUUGGAGGAGCUUUCUGGAAGUGGUUAUGAUGUGGUAGGUAUCGAUUGGACUGUAGAUCCCACAGAGGCAAGAAACAAAACAGGGGGAACUGUAACACUCCAAGGGAAUUUGGAUCCGUGUGCUCUAUAUUCCCCUCCAGAACAGCUGAAAAGACUGGCAUCAGAAAUGGUACAAAAGUUUGGGAAGACUAAAUAUAUAGCAAAUCUUGGGCAUGGAAUAUAUCCUGAUGUUGAUCCAGCACAUGUAAAGAUUUUAAUAGAUGCGAUACAUGAUGUGAAGUAAGAACUGUCAUGGACUUAAUAUAAUUGAACUUUAAGGUGAAACUGUAUCAUACAGUUUUGUAUUUCGAAUGUUCAUUUAUUAAAAUAAAUUUACCAGAAACGUU